AUGCCGGGUGGAAAGGACAUCGAAGCAUCGGAAGAAAACGCCAAGCCUUCUGUGCAUCGAUGGACCGUUGGUCUGGUGGGUGAUGGUGGUGGGGGCUUCAGAAGAGAGGGCACGAUGAACAGAAAGGUAAGCAGAGACAAGAGGGAUUUGCAGCGAUACGCUCCGUGGGAUAAGCUUAUUCAGGGAUAUCAUGUACCACUGCCGUUGAGGUCUCUGCGAGACUCUGUCUCCAUAUCCCACUUUACGCCAUGGGAACUACCGGGAAUGAAACUGACGGCUCUGCUGGAAUACUACUCAACUAUCGCUUGUCACUCGAAGCCCUGCCAGUCUUCACUCCCGGCGCAAGCUGAAGCCGACCACCGACACGCCACCGACGCGAGUCCGACGUACCCGAGUCAGGCGUCAGCACCCCUGUACCGCAAGGUUGUGGUUCCGACGGGAAGAACAAGAGAGACACCAAAAAAGGGCUGGACGUAUUUGCUAGGGCUGGACUGGACGCCCUAG